AUGGGACACACUUUAAUGAAUGGAUCUAUCAAACGUGUAUUAGGAAAGAAGGAGAAAAUAUGUAUUGUGGUUGAUACUGCCACAUGGCAUUCCCAACUAACGCAUGCAUCUAAUAUACCAUUGAGAUCUUGGAAUAAAAAUCAAAUUCGUCAAUGGUUGAUUGAUCACUCAGUUUCAUUCAUCGAUCAAUAUAGUAAAUCAGAACUUCUUGAAUUAAGUUAUGCGUAUGCGCCAGAAAAAGAAUAUAUUGUUGAUGAAACAGCCAAACAAUUUGAUAUUGAAAUUGUACGUCUACCAGUUCGCCAUUGUAUACUCAAUCCUAUUGAAAUGUGCUGGGCUGAACUUAAGAAAUCCGUUCGAGAACAAAAUACCACAUUUAAAUCAAAAGAUGUUGAAAAAUUAAUUUGGAAUUGGCUUAACAAUUGUGACUCAACAUUCGUAUCGAAUUGCAUCGAUCACAUACAAGUAUAUGAAGAAAAUUUUAAAAAAGUUGAUCAAUUCACAGAACAAAUCGAGAGUGAACUAAAUGAUGAUGAUAAUAUUGAUAAUGACUCCGACUUGACUGAAGAUGAAGAUGAAGAUCAAUAG